UCGAGUCAGUUCGUUCGGCUGCACGACAUCGCGACCACUGCGCAGUCGUCCAUACGCUUCCUUCGAUUUCAAAUUGAAACACGGGUACCGUCAAACGAAUCGAUCCCAUUUUCUUCAUUUCAUCCUCGAAUCCAUACGUUCCCAAUUUUUCCUUUUUUUUUAUCUCAUCCAUACUCCGUCAACGAUAUCGAAAAGUGUCAUCGAACCGUGUCACAUUCUCCCUAAAAAAAAAAAAAUCUCCCUUAAUUUGGUAAACGAGUGACCUAGACAGUUUUCACCUACAUCGAUCGUAAGUCGUCGACCAACGCAUUGAAACUCCGCUCACGCGCUCACCGGUGGUCAUGAUUACGAGAUAUCGAUGUUGCGAUAUAUUUUUGUUAAUAUUCUACCUCCUUCUUCGGGAUCCCGAUCACGUAUACGUAAAUGGGCAUGGCCGACUCAUGGAUCCGCCAGCAAGAAACAGCAUGUGGCGCUUUGGAUAUCCGAAUCCUGUAAAUUAUAACGACAAUGAACUAUUCUGCGGCGGAUACGCAGUUCAAUGGGUGCAAAAUAAGGGUCAGUGUGGCGUUUGCGGUGACGCAUAUCACUUGAAAGAGCCGAGACCGCACGAAGCGGGUGGCGAAUAUGCGAAAGGCACAAUUGUUAGACAUUACACGGUUGGACAGGAUAUCGACGUCGAGAUUGAGCUUACGGCGAAUCAUUUAGGCAGAUUCGAAAUGUAUCUUUGUCCGAAUAACAAUCCAAGAAACGUGGCGACUCAAGAAUGCUUCGACAGGUAUCCAUUGUAUAUAUCCGGAACCCGGGAUGUUCGAUUCGAGAUACCCGAAGAUAGCGAAAGAAAAGCUAUAUUUCGAUACAAGGUAACUUUACCUGCCUACGUCACCUGUACUCAAUGUGUCAUUCAAUGGAAUUAUUACACUGGUAACAUGUGGGGUACUUGUGAAAAUGGAACCGAAGCCAAUGGAUGUGGAAGACCAGAGACGUUUAGAAAUUGCGCCGACGUGAGCAUCAUCACUAGCACAGCUGGAGUACCUCCCCUCUUCGUACAACAAGACAAUCCCUUUUUGCUCUAUUACAAAGAUUAUCGUUCUCCCAAUAAUAUAUUCCCACUUGUCGUCAGAUCUCAAGUGUGUGUACCUACCCCUCUUUAUCGGCGUAUUCCAGGAAUGAACGAUUGGUGUCAAACCAAUUGUCUUCGCUAUCCACCAAAUUGUCCACCAACUAUAUGUCAAUGCCCGGAAGUGUGCGACGCGAUCGGAGAUAUCGGUGGAAAGGACGGUGCGAGUGUUUAUUGCAUGGAUAAGUGCCUGGUUUAUCCACCCAAUUGCCCGUCUCAACGUUGCCGUUGUUAUUGAACAAAUUUCAAUAAUUAUGCACGCGUCAUCGCGUGAUGAUUCCAUUUCGAAUCAUCGUAUCUAUCGAUUGCGAGCAAUUUAUCGUGCAUUCACGUACAAUGGAUAACAAGAUUUCCCUUUUUCGACGACAAUCAGCGUAAGCGAGAAUAAAAAUGAAACAAGCGUUAUUCAACAUUUUCGUUAUUCAAUGCGUGAAUUUGUCGAAUUAUUAUCGAAAAUAAUAUAUACGUACGUUCGAUAUAUUCCUUGUCAAUAACUUUUUCAGUUUUUUCGAUAAACACGCGACCGAGAUCGUUCCAUCGAACAACUUUUGUAUAGUUGGAUAAAGUUCGGCAUUAACCCGUUAAAAAUAUAACUAGUUAAAAAUGUUCGUAUAAGUUCGGCUCUUUCUAACGCUACGCGAUUAUUCGCGGUUAUUUUUAUUCGAUGUUUCGAACAAUAAAUUAUUGAAGUAAUUUUAUUCUUAACUUUAUUAAAUUUUCUCCAUCUAUACCGUAUAGCUUUAGAAUAAAUAAGAUAUACGUAUGUAAGAACAAAUCGAUAAGUUGAAAGUGGAAAAUGGAGCGAAAACGAAUUCGAAAAUUGAACGUAUGAAUUUUAGAUAGAUAGGUAUAUCUGUUUGGAACGCGAUGGUAUAAAAUAUAGAAUGGUAUUAAAUUGCUAACAUACAUACCGUAUCGUGGAAUCGUUCUAAAUUCCAACGAUUUUCCAAUAGCAGACGGUCGAUUUAUCCGAAAGCACAAUAGACAAUAGCUGGUCUAUGGUAUUUUAUAACGUCGAUUCCGAAAUACCGUUACAGAUAUAUAUGCGUCGCGAUUAUACGUGUUGAUAUAUUAAGCGCCAAUACACGAUUCCCAAUUUUUUUUGAAAUGCAUCAAUUUUAAAUAUGGUAUAAUACUACUACAUAAUACGGUUAUUAAAUUACACG